AACCAUAAGCGCUUUCGUAAGGAAUACCCCCUAAAAAUGUGGCCGACUCGAGUUUAAAUUCCGUUCAGAACAUACUACAAUACUACAAAUUAAAUGGCGGAAUGAGGUGACUAUGACGAAGAGAUUGUAGAACACAUGGCGGCAUCCUCAGAGAAGGUUGUUCCUGUCAAGGGCAUGGAAGAGUUCAAGAAGUCACUCUCCAUUCAGAGGGCCCUGGUGGCACUCAUGGACAAGACAGGAUAUGAUAUUCUCCAGGAGAAUGGACAAAGGAAAUAUGGUGGACCGCCACCAAACUGGAAGGGUCCGGCGCCUCGCAUUGACUGUGAGGUGUUUGUGGGAAACAUUCCCAGAGACAUGUAUGAAGAUGAGCUUGUCCCUCUCUUCGUCACAGCAGGGACCAUCUAUGAGUUGAGGCUGAUGAUGGAGUUUAGCGGCGACAACCGUGGCUAUGCCUUUGUCAUGUACACCAAAAGGGAGCAGGCCCAAUUAGCAAUCUGGAUGCUGAACGAAUAUGAAGUUCGUCCAGGGAAGUUUAUUGGCGUGUGCCCAUCUCUGAAUAAUUGUCGCCUCUUCAUUGGCUCCAUUCCCAAAGACAAGAGUAGGAAGGAGAUCAUGGAGGAGAUCAAGAAGUUGACAGAGGGCCUUCGGAAUGUCACCGUGUAUUCGAGCACCUCAGACAGCAGCAAAAAUCGAGGCUAUGCCUUUUUGGAGUAUGAGACACACAAGGCAGCGGCAUUGGCCCGCAAGGACUUAAUUGCUAUAAGGAACCUGUGGGGUCACGUCCCCUGGGUGAACUGGGCCAAGCCGGACAAAAACGGGAAGGGAGCCAACGUGCAGUUUGUCAGAGCUGUUCACGUACGUCACCUCUCACCGAGCACCACAGAGGAAACACUGAAGCGCGAGUUCGAGCGCUUCAAAGUAGGUGCGCUGGUGCGAGUCAAGAAGUUCAGCGACCACGCCUUCCUUCACUUUGGCUGCCACAAGGAUGCUGUCACUGCCACCAGCAUCAUGAAUGGCACCACCAUUGAUGGAAACAUUGUGGAAGUGUCCCUCGCUAAGCCCAUCGGGGAAGGGGUGGGUAAGAAAUCUAGCGGCAAAGGAUACCAGGGAAGCAAGACAGGAGGAGGAGCCAAGGAGAGUGUGAGAGACCGCUCGUCUCUGCGAUCCUUGAACCUGCCCCCUCAUUUCCAAUGCGCUGUAGGGCCAGAAAAACCCGACAAGAGCGUGUUCCCGCUCUUUCCUGGCACGCCGCUGUACCGCACCGACGAGCUGCUGCUCCGACCCGACCAGAUCAGAUCGGCCGUCAGCCUGCUGGACUUGUAUUGCUGUAGGCAGAACUUGCCUGCCCCACAUUACCAGCUUUUCUCCAUGCUGGGUCAGGACGGGACCCGGCUGCUGGUUUACAAGGUGGUGAUGCCGCUGACGCAAAGUGCCUUCGUACCUGACAAGUUAUGUGUGCGGCUGGAUGAUGCUAAAGAGCUAGCUGCACAACACACAAUGUGGAACCUUGAUGCAGCUUUCAUGAGUGAUUGGACCAUUUGCCCAUCAGCUGUACAGUUUGAUGCUACCCAUCCUGCCCUGCCGCAUUAGGACCUUCAAUUCCUGUGUUGACCGAGCCUGUACUUGCAUCCGACCCCAGCCACUCCAGGAGAACAAUAUGAAUUCAGCGGCAGUUCUUGUUUUGCUAUGCUAUGGCUAUGUUCUUGUUGCUGUGUGUUUUGAUGUCGAAUGAAAUAUUACAUGAAAUUUAUUGAAUUAAUUUUCAAUGUGGUUAUAAGUCUAGGUAUGUGUCAAUGUUAGCCACCAGGGAGCGAUUUGCCAUCAGUUUUGUGGACGAUGUUCAAAUUGAUAGAUCAUUUUGAUGAUUAUCAUUCUGCAUAACAAGCAAUUUUUUUAAAUUUAGCAUUGAUGCGCAACUACUCAUCUCGUCGCACGUCCAGUGCAUAUUCUGUUAUUAUACCUUUACUGUGUGAAUGCGGAACAGAAAUCAUUUCAAAAAUUCAAGAUAAAAGCCAAACGUUUUUUUGUUGUUUUCAAAAGCUCAAAUCAAACAAUUCAACAACUUCAAACUGCGCAUCAUUCCACGUAAUUACACAGUAUUCCACAACAUUUACAUUUUGGUCUUUACCAUUUUGUUCUUUUCUACAUGAUUUGAUUCUAAAUUGUACCAUAUCUUGUUCAAUAUUUGUUGUUGUGUCUUUCGAUGUUGAAUGAAAUAUGAAAAGAUAUAUAUUUAAUGAAUUUUCAAUUUAAUUACAAGUCUAGGUAUGUGUCAAUGUUAGCCAGCACGGAGCGACAUCAUCAGUUGUGUGUG